CCUGCCCGCGCAGUUCUUUUGAGUGAUUCGGCCACGCACUUCUGCCUGCAUGUGGACGAACGACGGCUAGUAAGGACAUCCAUCUCAUUCACAUGAUGAUUACCACUCUUCACUGUCGCAGGCAGAGGGGGUUCGAUGACUUGGUGAUUCAGCCACUCGCACUACAUUCAGCCACUCGCACUACAUAUACCUUACGUCGUACUGCGACUCUUGAUUCUUCUGUCGAAGAGUGGGGGCAGGCACAAUCUGAGUCAGCACUCGUGCUUGCAAGCACAUAUGGCAACUCUGGGCGACUCAAGAAAGUUUCCUGCCCACAAAACCGUUUGACCGAAGCUUGCUGACACAAGCAUUCACAUCCAAAAGGUAGGCUGAUCUGACGGAAGAAGGGAUAGCUAGCGGCCACGGCCUGCGUAGCUCAAGAAGAGGGGACAACGCGGGGAAAUUCAAUUCUCCCGCGUUGGUGCGCGCGAGCGAAAUUGGAAGCAGGCUGGA